AUGGCAAGCAUCACGGUGGUCUUGCUCGUCCUGCUUCCGUUGCUCCUCUCCUCGCUGGUCGCCGAGGCGCAUUCCGAUGGCGUCUUCGGCUUCCAGGCCACGCUCACCCACGUCGACGCCGGCAAGGGGUACACGGACGCGCAGCUGCUCUCCCGCGCGGUGCGCCGGAGCAGAUCGCGCGUGGCCGCGCUGCAGUCGCUGGCGGCGACCCCCGCGGACGCGAUCACCACGGCCCGCAUUCUCGUGCUGGCCAGCUGGGGCGAGUACCUGAUGAGCAUGGCCAUCGGCACGCCGCCCCGGGAAUACUCGGCCAUCCUCGACACCGGCAGCGACCUCAUCUGGACGCAGUGCGCGCCGUGCAUGCUCUGCGUGGACCAGCCCACGCCCUUCUUCGAGUCAGCCAAGUCCCCCACCUUCAAGAAGCUCUCCUGCUCCUCCCCGAUGUGCAACGCCCUCUACGUCUGGGACUGCUACAAGAACACCUGCGUCUACCAGUACUUCUACGGCGACAGUGCCAGCACCGCCGGCGUGCUCGCCAACGAGACCUUCACCUUCGGCACCAACGGCACGCGUGUCUCUGUGCCCAAGAUCGCCUUCGGCUGCGGGAACCUCAACGCCGGCUCCCUCUACAACGGCUCCGGCAUGGUGGGCUUCGGCCGGGGCCCGCUGUCCCUGGUCAGCCAGCUCGGGGUGCCCAGGUUCUCCUACUGCCUCACCUCCUUCAUGUCCACCGUGCCCAGCCGCCUCUACUUCGGCGCCUACGCCACGCUCAACACAACCAACACAAGUGACUCUGGCCCGGUGCAGUCCACGCCCUUCAUCGUCAACCCGGCGCUGCCCACCAUGUACUACCUCAACAUGACGGGCAUCAGCGUCGGCGGCGACCUGCUGCCCGUCGACCCGUCCGUGUUCACCAUCAACGACGCCGACGGCACGGGCGGGGUCAUCAUCGACUCGGGCGCCACCAUCACGUACCUGGCGCAGCCCGCGUACGACAUGGUACACCAGGCAUUCGUCGCGCAGGUCGGGCUCACCCUGGUGAACGUCACGUCGCCAGACGACCUGGACACGUGCUUCAAGUGGCCGCCACCGCCUCGGAAGAAGGUGACCAUGCCGGAGCUCGUCUUCCACUUCGAAGGGGCUGACAUGGAGCUGCCGCUGGAGAACUACAUGCUCAUUGACGGCAGCACCGGGAACCUCUGCCUGGCGAUGGCGCCGUCUGAAGACGGCUCCAUCAUCGGCAGCUUCCAGCACAGCAACUUUCACGUCCUCUACGACAACGAGAACAGCCUGCUGUCCUUCGUCCCCGCGCCCUGCAAUCUAGUCUAGUCGCAGCUCUGCAUCUCGAUCACGUUUAGCCCCUAAAUUAAUUCUCCAUUGCUCUACGUUUAUGCAUCAUUCCGCCAUUUUCAUUCUGUUUUCGUAGUUAUUAC